ACACGAAAGAAAAUGGCCGCCCAAAACGUUCCUUGCUCAUUUCUGCGAGCCGCCGCUCUUCGGAGGAGUUUUUCCCACAGUCCAGCCGCGGCCGCUUCGGUAACCGCUGAGCAGAUGGCGGAGAAGCUGCGGGAGCAGAAGAAGCCGAAAGUGGCCCCGGAGGUUCCAAAAGACCGAGUACUGAGGCGAGUGCAAGAAUAUGUUCAGCAGACCCGAUGCUUCCAGCAGCUCCAUCCUAACGUCCUAGCCAAGGUUCUCAAACAGGGGGUGCUCUACACGAACGAAGAUAUUGUAGUAAUAAACAAGCCUUAUGGACUUCCUGUCCAUGGUGGCCCUCGGGUGAAGACAUGCAUUACAGAUGUGCUGCCAAUAUUGGCAAAGAUGUUAGGGGGCAUGAAAGCUCAACCUCUGCAUUUAUGUCACCGGCUGGACAAAGAAACUACUGGAGUGAUGGUCCUAGCGAAAGAUGAGAUGAUUGCACACCGGGUCCAAGAGAUGUUUAAAACCCGUCAGGUGGAAAAGAAAUACUG